AUGGCGGACGAAACGACAGCCCCUGACAAAUCCACGCCGGAGGCAGAGACCCUGGAGACGAAACUCGCCGAGCUCGAGGCCCAGGUCCUGCGGGGCGACCCCCGGGCCAUCGACAAGCAGCACGGCGAGGGCAAGCUCACCGCCCGGGAGCGCAUCGACAAGCUCGUGGACCCGGGCACCUUCACCGAAGAGUUCAUGCUGGCCGAGACCCAGUGCACGGAUUUCGGCAUGGCGGAGCGGCGCCGGCCCACGGACGGGGUGGUGUGCGGCUUCGCCCGCAUCGACGGGCGGCCGGUGUACCUGUUCGCCCAGGACCGCACGGUGCUGGCGGGGGCGGUGGGCAGCGCCCAUGCCGCGAAGAUCGCCAACGGCAUCCGCACGGCCCGCUCCCUGGGGAUGCCGUGCGUCGGGCUCUACGACUCGGUGGGGGCGCGCAUCCAGGAGGGGCUGAGCGUCACCUCGGCCAUCGGCGAGAUCUUCUUCGAGAACAGCAUCGCGUCCGGCGCCAUCCCGCAGAUCUCGGCGGUGAUGGGGCCGUGCAUCGGCGUGGCGUCCUAUUCGCCGGCGCUGACGGACUUCAUCCUCAUGGUGCGGGACACCAGCCAGAUGUUCAUCACCGGGCCGCCGGUGAUCAAGGAGGUGCUGGGGGAAGAGGUCACCAUGGAGGAGCUGGGCGGGGCGCGGAUCCACUCGGAGGUGUCCGGGGUGGCGGACGCGGUGAGCGCGGACGACGAGGCCUGCCUGGCGCAGAUCCGCGAGCUGCUGGGUUUCCUGCCGGACAACUGCAACGCGCCGCUGCCGCGGAAGGAGACCGGCGACGACCCGGAGCGGCGCCUCGACGGCAUCGAAGAUCUGGUCCCCGACGACAAGCGCAAGCCCUACGACAUCGUCAAGGUGAUCAAGGCGGUGGUGGACGAGGCGAGUUCCUGGAGCUCAAGCGCCGGUUCGCGCGCAACCUGGUGA